AUUUCUCUUCACCAAUAAAACCCAGAGCCGUGGUAUUUCACCGUUGCUCCCUCUCAACUGCCCAUCUUCGCGUCCUCGUUUUCCUCCACAACAACCGCCAACAUGACGGACCACCAUCGCGAUGUCUCGCAGUACAAAUACUCGGCUAUGUCUAACCUGGUCCUCCAGGCCGACCGUCGGUUUGUCACAAGACGAACUGACGAGGCCACGGGGGACCCGGAGUCGCUGGCUGGCCGCCUGUCAAUCAAGGAUAUGGGAUCGCGCGUAGCCCGCGACUCGGCCCCAAAACCAAAAAAGUCUAGCACUAUGCCGGAUGUGGAGCGAGGCAGCAUGCGGGAAGGUGCUAAUAUUCUACAGCACAUCAAGGGCAAAGGCGACUCUGCCUCGCGUGGCGGCGGCAUCCUGUCCGGCGCCGAAGCUACGAUCGAAGGCUUACGGUAUCGGCCACGGACGCAGCCUACACGCGACGCGUUCAAUUUGAUCUUGACCAUCGUGGCUGAACACCUCGGCGACGUUUCCCACGAGAUCGUCCGCAGUGCUGCCGACGCGGCUCUCGAGUACCUCAAAGAUGACGACCUCAAAGACUUCGACAAGAAGAAGGAGAUUGAUGACAUACUUGGCGAGUUAACGAGCCCCAAGCAGUUCAACGAGCUGGUGAAUCUCGGCAAGAAAAUUACGGAUUACGACAUGCAAGAUGAAGAAGAAGAGACGGGAGACGCCGACCAGGAUGGCGAGGACGAGAUCGAUGGCCGCCAGGGUGUCGCUGUAAAUUUUGAGAAUGACGAAGACGACGACGGCAUGGUUGGUGUUGUUCGUGAGGAGUCUUCAGAGGACGAGGACGAGGCAGACCAGGAAGAUCGUGACGACGAAGCUGCCGAGGUCGGCGAAGCAGGCCAGGAUCGGGACGAAGAGGAAGCGGGUUUGGCGGACGAAGAGGACAUGGUCAUCGAUUCGGCCCCUGACGCAAAGCAAGGCAACCUUCAGGAGAACACCAUUCCCUCCCGUGACAUCGAUGCAUACUGGCUGCAGCGUCAAAUAGGCAAGGUCUAUCCCGAUGCCCACACUCAACACGACAAGACAUUGUCAGCGCUACAAAUACUGUCUGGGGAGCCAGACGAGCCAGGCGGUGAGGGAAGACAGCUUCGGGAGGUUGAAAACGAUCUGAUGGAGCUCUUCGACUACGAGCACCACAAGAUUGUGCAAAAGCUCACCGAGAACCGCGAGAAAGUCGUCUGGCUUACGCGGCUGGCCAACGCCGACACCGAGGAAGCGCGUGAAGCCAUCGAGCACCAGAUGGCUUCGGAAGGCCUACGCUGGAUCCUGGAUGAACUUCAUGGGAAGACCAGGGAUGACGCGAAAAAGCCCAGGAUCGAGAUCAAGGUGGACAUCGACUCGGCUGCAUUUAAGGGCGAGCCCCAGAAACCAGAGCGCCCCGACGGGCAUCUUGUCGGCGGCCUCCAACCGCGCAAGCUCAUUAACUUGGAGAAUAUGAUCUUCGACCAGGGCAAUCACCUGAUGACGAACCCAAGGAUAACCCUUCCCAAGGACUCAACUAAGCGGACCUUUAAGGGAUACGAGGAGUAUCACGUCCCGCCUCCAAAGAAACGGAACGACCCAAGUGAUGUCAACAUUCCCAUCUCGGAAAUGCCUGAAUGGUCUCGGAUACCCUUCAGCUCGGCGAAAUCCCUAAACAAAAUUCAGUCAAAGUGCUAUCCUACAGCCUUCGAGGAUGACGGCAAUAUGCUCGUCUGCGCGCCAACAGGCAGUGGCAAGACCAAUGUUGCCAUGCUUACCAUCUUACGAGAGAUUGGGAAGAACAGGAAUGCAAAGGGGGAGAUCGACCUAGAUGCGUUCAAGAUUGUCUACAUCGCCCCUCUCAAGGCUCUUGUCCAAGAACAGGUUGGCAACUUUGGGAAACGCCUGGAGCCGUUCGGCAUCAAAGUCUCGGAAUUGACGGGUGACCGUCAACUUACCAAACAACAAAUAUCCGAGACCCAGAUCAUCGUCACGACACCUGAGAAGUGGGACGUCAUUACCAGAAAGGCGACAGACAUCUCGUACACCAACCUGGUUCGUCUCAUCAUCAUUGAUGAAAUUCACUUGCUUCAUGACGACCGUGGGCCGGUCCUUGAAAGCAUCGUCGCCAGGACAAUCCGCCGAACUGAACAGACUGGCGAGCCGGUCCGUAUCGUCGGUCUCUCUGCGACCUUGCCCAACUAUCGGGAUGUGGCUAGUUUUCUCCGAGUUGAUACCGCCAAGGGCCUCUUCCACUUUGACGGCUCAUUCCGCCCUUGUCCGUUACGCCAGGAGUUUAUCGGUGUGACCGACAAGAAGGCCAUCAAGCAGCUCAAGAUGAUGAAUGACAUUACGUAUAAUAAGGUCAUUGAGCACGUCGGAACCAAUCGCAACCAGAUGCUUAUCUUCGUCCACUCUCGAAAGGAGACGGCAAAGACGGCAAAGUACGUCCGUGACAAGGCUCUUGAGAUGGACACAAUUAGUCAGAUUCUCAAGCAUGAUGCCGGUACUCGCGAAGUGCUGAGCGAGGCUGCUAACGCCGUCAACAAUACGGACCUUAAGGAUAUUCUGCCAUAUGGUUUCGGUAUCCAUCACGCCGGUAUGAGCCGAGCUGACCGUACCGACGUUGAGGAUCUUUUUGCGAGCGGCCAUAUUCAAGUCCUCGUGUGCACGGCCACCCUCGCCUGGGGUGUCAACCUUCCCGCUCACACGGUCAUCAUCAAAGGCACGCAAGUCUACUCGCCAGAGAAGGGCAGCUGGGUUGAGCUGAGCCCCCAGGAUGUGCUGCAAAUGCUUGGUCGCGCCGGUCGGCCACAGUUUGAUACCUACGGUGAAGGUAUUAUCAUCACAACUCAGGCAGAGGUCUCUUACUAUCUCUCCCUGCUCAACCAGCAGCUCCCAAUUGAAAGUCAGUUUGCAAGCAAAUUGAUUGACAACCUCAAUGCUGAGAUUGUGCUUGGUAAUGUCAGGGGCCGCGAUGAAGGUGUUGAGUGGCUCGGCUAUACCUACCUCUUCGUCCGAAUGCUCCGUUCUCCCGGACUCUACAGCGUGGGGACAGAAUACGAGGACGACGAGGCUCUGGAGCAGAAACGGGUCGACCUGAUACAUUCGGCGGCAACUGUCCUGAAAAAAUCGAACCUAAUCAAAUACGACGAGAAGACCGGCAAGCUCCAGUCCACUGAGCUUGGGCGUGUCGCGUCACACUACUACAUCACGCACGGGUCCAUGGACACGUACAACAAGCUCAUUCAGCCGUCUAUCAACGACGUUGAGCUAUUCCGCAUUUUCUCCCAGAGCGCCGAGUUCAAGUACAUUCCUGUCCGUCAAGAGGAGAAGCUCGAGCUUGCAAAGCUGCUCGCCAAGGUGCCAAUUCCAGUCAAGGAAAGCAUAGAGGAGCCAACUGCCAAGAUCAACGUCCUUCUCCAAGCCUACAUCUCGCGCCUGCGGCUGGACGGUCUUGCCCUUAUGGCAGACAUGGUUUACGUCACACAGUCGGCUGGACGUAUUCUUCGCGCCAUCUUUGAGAUCACCAUGAAGAAAGGGUGGGCUUCUGUUGCCAAGCUGGCGCUCAAUCUGUGCAAGAUGGCCGAAAAGCGCAUGUGGCCAACCAUGUCGCCUCUCAGGCAAUUUCCCAGCUGCCCUCUCGAGAUCGUGAGGAAGGCGGAGAGGAUAGAGGUGCCUUUUAGCAGCUACCUCGACCUAGACCCUCCUCGCAUGGGCGAGAUGCUUGGCAUGCCGAAAGCUGGCAAGACGGUGUGCUCACUUGUGGCCAAGUUCCCCCGUGUCGAGGUCCAAGCCCACGUACAGCCCAUGACUAGAUCAAUGCUCCGUGCUGAGUUGACAAUCACCCCAAACUUUGAGUGGGACGACGAAAUCCACGGACUGGCGGAAACCUUUUGGAUAGUUGUUGAAGAUUGCGACGGCGAAGACAUCCUCUUCCACGACCAGUUCAUCCUGCGCAAGGACUACGCAGGAUCCGAUGCCAACGAACAUGCUGUGGAGUUUACGGUCCCGAUUACAGAGCCAAUGCCCCCUAACUACUUCAUCUCGGUCAUAUCCGACCGUUGGAUGCAUUCAGAGACUCGCCUCGCCGUCUCUUUCAACAAAUUAAUUCUGCCAGAGAGGUUCCAGCCGCACACGGAAUUGCUUGACCUGCAGCCCCUUCCCGUCGCUGCCCUAAAGGCCAAGGACUUUGCAGCACUUUACCCGGGUUGGCAACAAUUCAACAAGAUCCAAACCCAGUCGUUCAACUCACUCUACAACACCGAUAGCAAUGUCCUCGUGGCCGCAUCGACUGGGAGCGGAAAGACAGUCUGCGCCGAGUUCGCUUUGCUUCGUCAUUGGGCAAAGCCAGAUUCUGGCCGAGCGGUGUAUAUCGCUCCGUUCCAGGAGCUGGUGGACAUUCAAUUUCAGGACUGGCAGAAACGGCUAGCUAACCUCCGUGGAGGCAAGGACAUCGUCAAGUUGACUGGUGAAACCACCAGCGAUCUCAAGCUUCUUGAACAGGGCGAUCUCAUUUUGGCCACGCCGACUCAAUGGGAUGUCUUGUCGCGCCAAUGGAAGAGGAGAAAGAACGUCCAAACUGUAGAGCUCUUUAUCGGGGAUGAGCUGCACAUGCUUGGUGGUCAGAUGGGGUACAUCUACGAAAUUAUCGUGUCGCGCAUGCAUUACAUCCGCACACAAACGGAGCAGCCGAUGCGGAUUGUCGGUCUGAGUGUGUCGCUCGCAAACGCCCGUGAUGUAGGCGAGUGGAUUGACGCCAAAAAGCACCACAUUUACAACUUCAGCCCCCAUGUUCGGCCAGUGCCAUUGGAAUUGCACAUUCAAUCAUACACGAUUCCACACUUCCCAUCCUUGAUGCUGGCGAUGGCAAAGCCGACAUACCUUGCUGUCACGCAGAUGUCGUCGGACCAGCCCGCCCUCAUCUUUGUGCCCAGCCGGAAACAGACCAGAGCCACGGCUAGGGAUAUUCUGACUGCCUGUCUAGCCGAUGACGACGAGGACCGCUUCUUGCAUGUCGAGAUCGACCAAAUCCAGAAACUCCUAGAGCGCGUCCAAGAAGAAGCUCUUGCCGAAGCCCUCGCACAUGGUGUUGGCUACUACCAUGAAGCUCUCAGCCAAAGCGACAAGCGGAUUGUGAAGCAUCUCUACAACAAUGGCGCGAUCCAAGUGCUCAUUGCCUCCCGCGAUGUCUGUUGGGAGCUUGAUGUGACGGCGCACCUGGUGAUUGUGAUGGGUACACAGUACUUCGAGGGCAGAGAACAUCGCUACGUCGACUACCCGCUCAGCGAUGUUCUCCAGAUGUUUGGGAAGGCUGCAAAACCCUCGAAGGACGGACGCGGCCGUGGAGUGCUCAUGCUUCCGGCUGUAAAGAGGGAAUACUACAAGAAGUUCCUCAAUGAGGCUCUCCCGGUCGAGUCGCAUCUGCACAGUUUCCUUCACGACGCGUUUGUGACGGAAAUCAGCACUAAAAUGAUUGAAUCGGGCGAGGAUGCAAUCAACUGGGUCACGUUCACGUACUUUUACCGACGGCUACUCGUCAACCCGAGCUACUACAGCUUGACCGAUCCCACGCACGUGGGUCUCAGCCAGUACCUGUCGGACAUGGUCGAGACGACUCUGAAAGAUCUCACCGAGUCCAAGAUCAUCGACUUCGACGACGAGGACGGGACUGUCGCGCCUCAGAAUGCUGCCAUGAUUGCAGCAUACUACAACAUCUCGUACAUCACGAUGCAGACUUUCCUGCUGUCUCUGACAAAGAAGACCAAGCUGAAGGGAAUCCUGGAGAUUGUGAUGUCCUCCACCGAAUUCGAGUCGAUACAAAUCAGACGACACGAGGAGGUCAUUCUACGACGGAUAUACGACAGCAUUCCUGUCAAGAUGGCCGAGCCCGUCUUUGACUCGCCGCAUUUCAAAGCAUUUGUUCUGCUCCAGGCGCAUUUCUCGCGCAUGAAUUUGCCCAUCGACCUUGCCAAGGACCAAGAGGUCAUUCUGACCAAAGUUUUGAGUCUCCUGAGCGCAACAGUUGAUAUCCUGUCAUCGGACGGCUAUUUGAAUGCCAUGAACGCCAUGGAGAUGUCGCAGAUGGUGGUACAGGCCAUGUGGGAUCGGGACAGUCCAUUGAAACAGAUCCCCAACUUUACGCCCGAGGUUGUGAAGGUCGCCGAAAGGUUCGGCAUCAAAGACGUGUUUGAUUUCAUGGAGAAGAUGAACCCGGAGGAGAAUCCAGACUACGGAAAGCUCGUAAAGGCGCUGGGCCUCUCGCAAGCUCAGCUCUCCCAGGCUGCCAAUUUCACGAACAACAAGUAUCCAGAUAUCUCGCUGGAAUUUGAAGUCGAGGACGAGGAGAACCUCCGGUCUAGCGAGCCGUCGUAUCUCAAGAUCAAAAUCGAACGAGAAGUGGACGAAGACGAAGAGUUUGAUGCCACGGUCCAUGCGCCAUUCUACCCUGGAAAGAAGACGGAGAACUGGUGGCUGGUGGUUGGCGAAGAGAGCACCAAAACGCUGCUCGCGAUCAAGCGAGUGACAGUCGGGCGAAGCCUCGAGCUCAGAUUGGAGUUCACCGUUCCCACGCCUGGCGACCACAACCUGAAGCUAUUCCUGAUGAGCGAUAGCUACGUCGGCGUUGACCAGGAGCCGACCUUCUCGGUGAAGUUGGCGGAGGGAAUGGAUGUCGACGACGAAGAUGAUGACGAGGACGAGGACGACGAGUGAUAUCCUAGUUACCGGAGGCGGCGAGGUGCUCGGUCUCCUGCUAAUUAUGCUUCGGAAAUUGCACUCAAAAUUGA